AUGAAAAUGCCAGAACAGAGCUUUUCGCCUAUAGCCGAGGCCGAACGCGAGGCAGAAGCCUUUAUAAACUAUCGCCGAAACUACCUUUCUUCCGUUUUACAUCAGCAUCACUUUUUAGAUUGUUUCACUGACUCUAAAUAUACUUCUAUAGAAGAUUGCAUGCCUCUCCGAAGUCAAGCUGGAAUGUUUGCUUUACUACAAGAUAUUGCGGAGGCAAAUCAAAGUAAACGAGUUGAAAUUCGUCUUCGUCUAAAUCAAUCACUAAAAUUUCUUGACCAACUUGAUUUGAAAGUCGAUGUAGAUGGUUUAAAUGGAGAUCACUCUGAUUCAGUUUCACUUAUAUCACAGCCCUAUCCGCAAACUAUCACAGAGAAAGCUAUAAUUUACUAUAGUAAAGGAAGAAUACUUAACGCUUACUUGGAAGGUGGGAGUGACGAAGAUUGCUCUGAGGCUAGCUCCCCCGGUGUGGAUUUUUCUCCAAUUUCUCCAGACGCUGCUGAAUAUUGGCUC